AGCACCGCAGGAGCCGGGCAGGAGCCCGUGGCAGCGCUGCUCCCCAGGCCUGGCUCCAGCAUGCUGGGCCGUGGCUCUGCUCCUUGCUGGCUGGAGCACAGCCUCCAUCCUGGGAGGGAGGCGUCCUGGGGAGAGCUCAGAAGAUGCGUGCUGGGAGACGUGUGAGCGUUUUCUGCCCCAGCCUUGUGGUACGCCCCAUAGAUGACUCCCAGUUUCCAACACAGCCCCGGCCCACAGCCCAGAGGAGGAGACAGAUGUGCUUUCCUCCGGGGCUUCAGGGCAGCCUUCCUUUGUGUGCAUCAGAGCCCUCCCAGUAAGAAAGCCCCGAGGGGCUGCAUCUUCUUCCGUGCGGUCCGUGAGGGAUGCGGCACGUGGCCUGGAGGGAGCCUUGUGUGCCCUGCCAGGUGCCAGCCUGCAGCUCAUCCCGGCCGCUCUGCAGCUUUGGAAAUCGGGACCCGAGUCCUUCUGCCAGCCCGUCCCACAGCCCACCCACAUCCAGUUACUGUGGGGGAAGGAGAUCACGCCGUGCAGUGGGACCUUCUCUCAUCUGUUCUUGAUUCUAGAUGAUGAGCUCGGUGCUCUCUAUCUGGAUGAUUGCCUGGAUCCACAUUUCAUGCCUGUGCCCGAGGGACAACCCAGAGGCCCUGCUGGCGAAUCAGCAGAACGGGAUCCUGUCCGUGAGCCUGAGGGGAAUGCUGGAGAUGUGAGUGGAGGAGGUGAUCCAGCUUCCCCUCUGAGCUCCGAGACCGAAAGCCGGGCGGAUGGCAUGGGUCUGGAAUGGGGAAAGGAUGAAUCGGAAAGAGGAAAAUCCUCUGAGGAGUCUUACCGUCCAAAAGAACUGCUGAGGGGAACGGAAGUGGCAGUUCAUGGGAGGAAUGCAGGGAAGCAGCAAAGGAUGCAGGGAAGCACAAAGGCUGCUGCUGGCAGAUCUGUGCGGCAGCGCCACGUGGCAGUGGUGGUGCUGUUCUCAGCUGUGCUGCUGUCUGCGCUGGUGCUGGCCUGCGUUGCUGCGUCACGGCCGUGGAAGAAAUGCCUUGUGUGCAAGGGGGGAGAGAGAGCAGCAGAGCGAGCUCAUCCUGACACCGACUGGGAGGGAGUUCCAAGUGGAGAUGAAGGGAGAGCGGAGCUGGGAGAGGCAACGAGCGAGAUCCUUGCCCAAGCAAACAAUCUCAGCAAUAGUUCCAGUCCGUUCCGUUCUGCCAUCCCAGAGGCCAAAGAUCUUCAGAGUCAUCUGAAAGACCUGGAGCGUGAACUCCAAGCCAUGAAAGAGGUCCAUGGGGGCAGUGGUGAGUGCUGCUUUCUGUCAGAGGACGGCCCUGAAAGUGAGAGCGGAGGAUCAGCGGCAGAGCGUUUGUCCUUCACCCUCCGUUCCCCGGGACGAGUAUCACCAGUAGUUCGAAGGUUCUUAGCUCGCCACAGCUACGAUCCUUUUGAGGGUCCCAAUGAGGACCCAGAAAGCGAGCUUCCUCUGACCGCCGGGCAGCACGUUUAUGUCUUUGGAGAUGUGGAUGAGGACGGCUGGUUUCUGGGAGAGCUGACGGAUGGCACGAGAGGGCUGGUCCCUUCCAGCCUGGUGACAGAGGUUUCAGAUGAUGAGCUGGACACAACGAUGCCUCCAAAGCUCUGUGAUCUCUUGCUGGAUGCAGAUGAUUGUGUCGAUGCAAAGAGUCCAUAAUGCAGCAACAUCCUGUCGCAAUUCUUGCCUCACUCCAUCUGCAAGACGACCCCCUGCUCCACUUGACGUUCGAGUGAAGUGUGAGCAGGAUGUGGAUGAGCUCCUCCUGGUUCGAUCUGAGAUGACUGGCAGUGCGACUGCAUGCUGUUAUUGUAUAUUAAAAAAUAUUUAAAAAACUAA